AUGUGGCCGGCCCUGUUCACGCUCUUCCUGCUGCACACCUGCCUCCACGGAGGACGGGGUGACCUCCGCGAGGACCUGACCUUGCUGAAGACCAAGCUUGCGCUCCGCCUCUACCUGGGUGCGGCAGCCCCGGGAAAUGAAAGCAACGUUGUCAUCUCUCCUGCCGGCGUGUCCCUUGCUCUGGAGAUCUUGCAGUUUGGAGCCCAAGGGAACACUGGCAAGCAGCUGGCCGAGGCCCUGGGUUACACUGUCCAUGACCAAAGGGUGAAACAGUUCUUACACACUGUUUAUGCCACGCUACCCAACUCCGGCCACGGCACGAAGAUGGAGCUGGCCUGCACUCUUUUUGUGCAAGCAGGAACGCCUCUCUCGCCCUGCUUUGUGGAGCAGAUCUCCCAGUGGGCCAACAGCAGCCUGGAGCCAGCCAGCCUCGGGGAACCCAACGGCACCAGCAUCCGGGCCAAUGAAUGGACCUCCAGGCAGAUCGCAGGUCUGGGGCCAGGUGACGACCCAGGUGGCCUGACGUGGGAGCGCGGUGGUCGUGCCGCAUCUGCCCAACUGGCGCUUGUGAGCACCAUGUCCUUCCAAAGCACGUGGCGGCAGAGAUUCUCCUCCAGGGACACUCAGCUCCUGCCUUUCACCUGUGGCCAAGGCCUCGUGCUCCAAGUCCCCAUGAUGUACCAAAUGGCUGAGGUCAACUACGGCCAGUUCCAGGACCCUGCAGGCCAUCAGGUGGGGGUGCUGGAGCUGCCUUACCUGGGAAGUUCCAUGAGUCUGCUUCUCGUUCUGCCACGUGACAAGGACACCCCGCUGAGCCACAUCCAGCCACACCUCACAGCCAGCACCAUCCACAUGUGGACCUCCAGCCUCAGGCGAGCCAGAAUGGACGUGUUCCUGCCCAGAUUCAGGAUCCAAAAUCAUUUCAAUUUAAAGAGCAUUUUAAAUUCUUGGGGAGUCACCGAUCUUUUUGAUCCACUCAAAGCUAACUUGAAAGGAAUUUCAGGCCAAGAUGGUUUUUAUGUUUCUGAAGCAAUCCACAAAGCCAAGAUUGAGGUUUCCGAGGACGGCAGCAAGGCAUCUACAGCCACCGUUCUGUUGUUACUGAAAAGGUCUCGGAUUCCUUUUUUUAAAGCAGAUCGGCCAUUCUUCUUUUUCCUGAGAGAACCCAACACAGGAUUUGUCUUCAGUGUUGGGAGCGUUUCAAAUCCCCUAGACUAA